GUGACAGUGCUUUUUUCUGGACAGUUUGAAUCAAACUUCGGACAUAACAGUCAUGGAAGGAUCCGUGGCCAUGUCCAGUUCGGACAAAUAUACAGCUUCUAUAGAAUUCUCCAAUGCGUGUAGGGAGUUUUAUAUCAAGCGAGUGAAAGCAACAGAAGUUCUGAAAGAUCAAAUCAGAACAAAAUCAGAUCGUGCCAUGAAACAACGGAGACCACAGUCACAGCAACCGUCGUCGCCCAUAGAGUCUGCGAUGGACAAACUCAGGCGAGAAAUGGCUUCUCUUAUGGACCAGGAUUUGUCCUUGAUGAAACAGCUGCUGACCUUGAACGAGACAAUAGAGGAUAUCAAGUCGAGGCGACUAUAUGGCGUUAGUAAGGAAUCUCUUUGUCAAAGUAAUGAGGAUUUGGAAGGAAGUCGUGAUUCCUUUUCUGAUAUGGACUUAUAUGAUUCAGAUGAAGAGCUACAUAAACCAUCCAACAUGAAAUACACAUGCUUGACUGUCAGUGACAAUGGCAAACGCAACACCAAUCUCACCAGCAGAGUGCGCGGGAUGGAAUGUUUACGAGUGAAGGACGGUUGUUCCAGUGAAUCUCAAGCGGAUGUGAAAAAGCCUCAGAUUAUUCACGGUGCACAGAGUUCUAUAGACUCCGGCUAUGACGAGUCGGACUGUUACCAGACAGAUAUAGAAGUCACGAUAUAGGUCAAGGUCAUAAUGCUAGACAAACCUCGGGUACUUCCGUUUCUGGCCUUGACCGACAUACACGAUAUCGGACACGACGCAAUAUUGGGACGGUACCGCAACGACGAAAGUGCUAUCAAUAGACAAACAUUGUGAUUCAUAAUGUAUCGCUGAAAUCCAAAGUACACAAAGAUUAAAGACGAAGAACAUGAUAGUCUUGAAAAACUAAAUGUUACACAUUUAGCAGAACAACAACUUGAAUCAAUUUAACACAAAUAUCGCCUGACCGGACGUACGUCACCCAGACGACGGUGUUCUUCUCAAAGAGUAAUGAGUUAUGAAGUUAACAUCUUUCUGAUUGGUCAUCUAGCUGUGACGAUCGUCCAAUGGAAAUGGCGCUUUUACAAUGGCAUACCAAUCAACCAAUGAUAACGAUACGUUUAGAUCUCCAUUCCAAGCAACUGAUCAAAAAUGACUCUUCCAGAAGCAUGGUUACGAUUUCUUCGGACCACUUAUUGUGACAGUAACAUUGUCUGUGGACUUCACAACAUUUUGUAAAAGACAAUUUACAUAAACUACGGUGCUAUACAUUUAAUAUGUAAUCAAUGACAAUGGCUUUCAUGGAAAGAUUCUUAGCAAUAUUAU